CAUCAUCAUCAUCAUCAUCAUCCUCGCCUCCCGCGGUCCUGAGCUGUGACUCCUGACGGCUGAGAGAGAGAGAGAGAAAGAAAGAGAAAGAGAGACUCUGUCUCUCAGACUGGAAGAAGUCGCGCCUCCGAAAUCUGGUUUCUCUGCCUGCGUUUUUCUUGUAUGUAUGUACAUAAAAUCUUCCUCUCCUGUCUUGAAUCUGUCACGCGCCGUCUUGGCUCCUGACCGACUGAACGCGCUCGCGCAGGGAUGAUUUCAACGACGGGUCGAUGUGGGAUACCGAUUCCCCGGAGCCGCCGCUGAUGGUUCUGUCCCAGUCCGACCGGGUCCUCGCAGCGUGAUGGAUACAAAUGAGUUCGUCGCGCCGAAACUUUUAUUUAUGGCCUUUCUGGUUAAUAUGUGGAUGAUGAGCGGGACCUCAGCCUCUGACACUUUCAACUUAGAGCCCGCCAUUACCUGGAAGACGAGGCUCUGCAACGAGUCCCGUCUCCGAUGGGAGGUGGAGAUCUGCGGAGAGGACUUCAAGCGGGACAUGGCUCACGUAGACCCGCAGCAAUGGUGCAACCUCACACACUUCAUGAGCGAGUAUCACCUCUUCACGCUCUGCACAGAGACCAAGUCCCACAACGUCGACUGCUACUGGCCCAACCCGCUGGUAGAGAGCUACAUCAUCCGCAUACACAAGCACCUUUUCUCCAACUGCACCAUGGAGGAGGUGAUAUGGAUGGACCCGCCGGACGACACGCUCACCGUCCUCAUCCUCAUACCGGUUUUCCUCACCCUGGCCAUGAUUGCUCUCGUGGUCUGGUGCAGCAAAAGGAGCGACCUCCUGGCGUAGGACAUGAUGGAGAGGAAAAAACUCAAACUACGGACCAAAUCUCUUCAAUUUGUAAAAUAUAUUUUUGGGGGGGAUUGAAAGGUCCAUUAAUAGCACAGUAAACUAACUUAAUCUCUUGUUACCAGGGGUGAUGAAAAGCUUGUAUGUAUUAAAUGGUAGAUCUUGUCCCCUCGGAGGCAUUGUACUGUGUACCAAUGGCUCGUGUGUUUCUCUGUAAAGUUGAAACUUUUGCUCCAGUCAAAGGAGUUGAGGGCAUUUUCCAAAUGAAUCCCUAAUCUAGUUUUACAAUACAAAAGCCUUUCAUUCAUAAGAAAUUUGUUCAUCUAUUUUUUACUCGUCCUUGUUCAACAUAAAUGCAUAUUUUCUGUUCAUAGAUGUUCAAAUUUAUUGGGUGGAGUCAUUUCUCCAGCGUUGAAUUCAGUCUCCUGAAAACAUAAAGGUGUUAAACCAGAUUGUGUGAUAAAUGGGAUGAGAGACAAGAAUUUGAAUUUCUAACCUGUGUUGAAAGUUAGUAUGUGUCCAAUGUGAAAACAGACUAAAGCUCAUUGAGACUUGGACGUGACCCUCAACUUGACUUUGGUUGAAAGUGGCGAUUUGAAUUGGGGCAAAAAAAAAAGCAUUUCAACUUAAAUUGGACUUUCCCUCAAAGACUUGACAUCUGACUUGGUUUUGGAGCAAAAGCCUCAGACUUGUCCCUAAAAUGGUUCACUUGAGAACUGAAAUGAACUUGCCUUCAGAGACUCAUUUUUAGAGUAAUAGUCUUUAGACUCGUCUCUUGAAGACUUGAGCCUUGACUUGGAUUUGGAAGAGAUGUGACUUGUUGACUUGCCUGUGGAAGAAAUCGGAGCACGUGAAUGUUUGACGCGUUUGACGAAAACUAUUUUGACUCCAUGCAUUUGGUAUGUCCUUACCAAAUGCUUAACAAGAUUUAAGAAAACAAACAAUCUUGUUUGAAAAUGUUGUCUUAAAGCCACCAUGGUGCUCACUUGAUGAGAUUUAGAGAGAUUCUUUCUUUUCCUUGUAGUUCUUUCAUUUUUUUUCUUUCUUUUUUAACCAAAUGUCACUAUUAAGCUAGCUGUUUCUGUGUCAUCUGUCUUCAAGCUCACCCAACCAGUUUCCUUGAGGCUUUCGACUUUAAAUAACUGAACUCCUCCGAGGUGACAAGGAUGUGGGUUGUCUCGAUCGACCCUCACUCACUGGGUUGAUUUGCCUAGGACCAUUCUGUGCUACAUUCUUGAAAUCUCUUGGACGCAGACUUCUGACCCUGGAGGUUCCUGCCGGAGCACUGCAGCGCCGCUGAGUGCCGAAGCAUCCACCGCGCCAGUGACCGACCUCUACACCGAUGGGAAAUCUUGGUCGCAGAGGAAGUUGUAUUUAAAUAUUCCAUCGUCACACUGUAUGAUACGCCUGGAAGGAGGCCAAAGUUGGGAUUUAUACUGUUCCAAGGAAUGUGAUGUUUAGUCUUGCUAAAUGACUGAAUGGAUCUUCACCACUGGAAAGAGUAAAUGUCACAAAAACAAGGAAAACACUGCGAUUUAUGUAUUUUGAGACUUGAAUUUUGAGUUGGACUGAUCCCCAUUGCAGUAUAACGUAUAAGAUCUUGCUGUUGAAAUACUAGUACUGACAAAGAUGAGUUAUCAAUAGAGGCCAAAAUCUGUCUGUGCUGUCUACUGUAUCCUUAUUGCUUUUCCACUGUUACUCAGACAAGAGAUGCACACUGUUGGUUUACCACAAGAACGGAGCCUUUGCAGACCCAAAUAACUCUGAAACGAAGUCAUCCGUGACUCUUGCGCCAUCAUCUUUGAGCCAUCGUCCAGAGCAGAGAGCUUUGAUUUAAUGUCUGAAAUUGACUUUUUUUUUUUUUAAAUCUUAUCCACUCUACUACAAGCUAACCAUGUUCCAGCAGGAUUUGUUCAUUGCUCGUUUAGAUUAGCAAAAGAUAAAUCACACUGAAUUUGGUCUCACAAACUAAACAAGGGUUUGAGCAAUAGUAUGUUUUUAGCUGCAGAUUUUUAUGAGUCGAUAACUUCAAAUAUAACCUUGUUAUUAGUAUUAAGAGAGCCAAUGUGGAAUUUUGACUUAGAUGUAUCUCACCUUUCAAACUGGGAAUCCAACAUUUAUGUGUAUUUUUGUGUUACUAAGAGUUUGUAAAUGCACACUUCUAACUUUAAGUGAAAUGUAGCAUGAGCUAGGCACUUUUCUUCCUUUUUCAUCAAAGAAGGAUCACUCUCUUUUAGUAAGUUCAGCUUCUGGAGCUUUGAACAGACACCAUUUAUACUUGUUUUGAAACCAUCGAGCAUUUCCAACACUAAAUUGUACACUGGACAUGCACGCUUGGCAUGACUAAAAGCAGAAAGUCAGCUGGUUUUGAUGGGACACGAUGAACCAGGCAAAGACAUUUGGUUUCUGAUCGCACAAACUCAGAUAGAAACCUCCGUCUCAGAGUCGCUGUUCAAAUCCACACAUUUAUUUUGCAAAGGAAUCAAUUUUCCGCUUGGUUUGUGCUCAGAAACACAACCAAGUGUUUUUGAAAAAUCAUCUUUCCAAAACCGAUUUAAAGAAACUCAGUUUCUGAUGUUAUGUGUGAGCCUGAUAUCUGGAGAUGAUGCUCGAAUUUUUCUAAUUGAAUUUUGAUGCUGUUACUUCUUCAAAACCCAAGGAAACCAAACUAUUUCAAAGGCCAUAACAAUGCUGUGGCAUUCGCCAUAAUUUCUCCACUCAAAACACAUUUUUGGGAUAUUUCACAAGGGAAUAAAUCUUUCUGAGUUACUUAAUUGACAUGAAGGAAUUUUUAAGUGCAAAAUCCCCAAAAGAAUCUUAGACUAGGAAGAUUGUGAAACAAACUAUAUAUUUAGCUGUAGAUGUUGCCUGUAAUGAGAUGAGAAAUAUUAACAUUUUUCUAACUCAGUUCUUGAGGUGUGAUAUUAUCUAUUUAUAUCUUAUAUAACUUAAUGUUUAUUAAUGCUUAAAAUGUGCUUUUGGUGACCUUUUCUUUUUCAUAAGUUUUCACACAAUGCAUGAAAUCUGAUUACUGAUUUGCCUUUGACCAGCUUUGCAUGAAGCCCUUCGAAUGGGAAGAUAAGAGUCCAGGGUACAGUAGUGAGUGUUAGAGCCGCGGGCGGAAACGGAUCAGGAAGGGGUGAAAAAAACAUACAAAUCCUCCCCAUGAAAUGUUGUCUUUUCUAAAUAAAUGAGAAAGAAACUCA